CUUCAUGCAUCGUGCCUUAGCCAACUUGAAAAAGUUUGGCUUGGGCAUGAAGUCCCUGUUCAUGGAUGGGAAGCGCGCUACGAGCGUGUACACAUCCCUCAAAGCUAGGCCCCACCUCAUUCCG